AUGGCUGCUACAUACGGUGAUGUGCGGCAUCUACUGCCGGGAAACUACAAGCGCCAGAUCACAGACUGGCUCGAGGAAGAUUGUCCUAGUUUAGACUAUGGCGGUUUCGUUGUUGGCGAGUCAGAAGGUGAGGCACGGUUACUGGGAAAGAGCAAGGGUAUCAUUGCAGGUGCACCUUUCGUCGAUGAGGUCUUUUCCCAACUCGGAUGCACAGUCGAAUGGCACAUAAAAGAAGGCUCCCAAUUAAGCCUCAACCCAAUUCACCACUGCGCCACAGUCCGCGGUCCAGUUCGAAAAAUCCUCCUCGGUGAACGCGUAGCCCUAAACAUCCUAGCCCGAUGCUCCGGAAUCGCUACAAAAUCAGCCUCAAUGCUCGCCGCCCUCCGAAAAAAAGGUUGGAAUGGUAUCUUGGCAGGAACAAGAAAAACUACUCCGGGUUUUAGGGUCGUGGAGAAAUAUGGUAUCUUGGUUGGAGGUGCCGAUCCUCAUCGUCAUGAUUUAAGUCAUAUGACUAUGCUUAAGGAUAAUCAUGUUUGGGCUUGUGCUAAUAACCGUGCUGCUGCUGAUGGUGGUGUCACUACGGACUCCAGCGAUGUGGUUUCUAUUGCUAAGGCUAUUCCUCGUGCCGUGCUGGCUGCGAAGUCCGCUGGUGGCUUUGCCACUAAGGUUGAGGUUGAGUGUCGCAGUAUUGAGGAGGCUAAUGCUGCUAUUGAGGCUGGUGCUGAUAUUGUUAUGUUGGAUAAUUUUACUCCCGAUGGUGUGCGUGAUGCGGCGAAGGUGCUUAAGGAGACUUGGAAAGGGAAGAGAGCUUUCUUGGUUGAGGUUAGUGGUGGCUUGACGGAGGAGAAUGCGGCGGCUUAUGCUUGUCCUGAUGUGGAUAUCUUGUCCACUAGCUCCAUUCAUCAGGGAACAGGUAUUGUGGACUUUUCAUUGAAGGUCUCACUACGAUAG